GCAGCCCCCCCAGCACCGCCCCUCGGCCCCCCGCGGCCGGCCGGCAACUAUAAAGUCAGACGCGCUGCGCGCCGCCCGCGUCCCGUCCCGUCCGCGCCCGGUGCUCCGUGCCCCUUGCCCCGUGGGUGCUCGUGCUCCCUGCGCUCUGCUGGCCUUGCUAUGGCUCCCACCCGCGCCAGGCCCACGCCACCCCUGCUCCUCGCCCUGGUGGCCGUUGUGAUUCCAGGGCCUGGUAGUGCUCAAGUAUCCAUCCACCCCAAAGAAGCCUUCCUGCCUCGGGGUGCAUCCAUGCAGGUGAACUGCUCUUCCUCCUGCAGCGAGAACCUCAGCCUGGGCUUGGAGACUCAGUGGCCCAAAGUAGAGCUGGAUCAUGGACACAAUUGGAAGCUGUUUGAACUGAGUGACAUUGGAGACGACAGCAAGCCACUGUGCUUUGAGAACUGUGGCCCUAUCCAGUCCUCAGCCUCUGCCACCAUUGUCUUGUACUCAUUCCCGGAGCGAGUGGAGCUGGACCGUCUGCCCACCUGGCAACCUGUGGGCAAGAACCUCACCCUGCGCUGCCUGGUGGAUGGUGGGACACCACGGAGCCAACUCUCCGUCAAGCUGCUCCGAGGUGGGGAGGUGCUGCACCAGGAGCCAGUGGGUGUGGACUCCAGGAACCCCAAGGAGGUCACAGUCACGGUGCUGGCAAGCAGAGAUGACCACGGAGCCAAUUUCUCAUGUCGCACAGAACUGGACCUCAGGCCACAAGGGCUAGCACUGUUCCCGAAUGUCUCUGUGAUUAGGCAGCUCUGGACUUUUGACCUUCCUGUGACCGAGCCGAAGCUUGACACCCCAGACCUCCUGGAGGUGGGCACGGUGCAGAAAGUGAUGUGCUCCCUCGGAGGCCUGUUUCCUGCCGCUGAAGCCCGGAUAACUCUGGAGCUGGGAGGCCACACACUGACCUCCAAGAGCACAAACCACAGAGACUUGGUGUCAGCCACCGCCUUGGUGACUGCGGAGAUGGAGGGAACUCAGCAGCUGCGCUGUGUCUUGGAGCUGGCAGACCAGAUCCUGAAGGCAGAGAGGACUUUGAGCAUCUACAAUUUUUCAGCUCCGGUCCUGACCCUGAGCCAGCAAGAGGUCUCAGAAGGGAGCCAGGUGACUGUGAAGUGUGAAGCUCAAGGAGGGGCCCAGGUGCGGCUGAGUGGUGCUCCGCCCGGGCAGGUCCAGUUCACGCUGAAUGCCAGCUCUGAGGAUCACGAGCGAAUCUUCACUUGCUCUGCGGCCCUGAGGGUGGCUGGGCAGGAGCUGUUAAAAAAUCAGACCCUGAAACUCCACGUGCUGUAUGGGCCCCGGCUGGAUGAGAACGACUGCCCGGGGAACUGGACCUGGCCCGAGGGGUCUCAGCAGAAUCUGAGUUGCCAGGCUUUUGGGAACCCACCCCCCAAGCUAACCUGCAGCCGGAAAACAGAUGGAGCCCUGCUGCCCAUCGGGGAAGUGAAGACUGUCACAUGGGCCAUGAACGGUACCUACGUGUGCCAUGCCGUGAGCUCCCAUGGAAAUAUCACCAGGGAAGUGUUCCUGAAAGUGCUUCCAAAAUCUCCGAUAUGGCCCAUCAUCAUCAUUGUGGUAAUACUGGCUACUGUGGUCUUUGUGGGGGUCCUGACCAUUUACAUUUAUAACCGCCAGAGAAAGAUCAGGAUAUACAAGCUACAGAGGGCCCAGGAAGAGGCCAUGAAACUCAAGGUCCCGCCUCACUGAGCCACAAGAACACCAACACCUCCCUGGGCGUCCCCUGCGGGCAGCAGCUAGUGCUGCUUUUGAACAGAAAGGUAGACAAACAGUGUUUACCCUCACCACCUCAGGCUGUGACAAGACAAGAUGUGGCCUGGGGAUGCACCCAAUCAGACCUCCUUGGCCUCACACUUGUGGCCUCAGGACUGUGAGGAGAGGACCUGACAAGAUCAAGGGUGUGUUUCUGUGAACUGGACACACCCACAGCCUGUGGGCCUCCAGUCAGGAAAUGCUGACCUCAUUACCUAUUGCCCAUGCUGGAGCCUCUGCCUAAGGAGGAGUGAUAUCCAAUAGAUACAAGCAAAAGUUGGAACACAAGAGUAUACUUCCUCUGACUCAGGAACGCUGGGACAUUGUCCCCAACUCUUCAUGAUGAUGUAUUUAUUAAAGUUUUACCUGGAGGUUGGGGAUGUAGCUCAGUGGUAGAGCCCUUAGCAAGGCCCUGGGGUUGGUCCUCAGCUCCAAAAAGAGAAAAAAAGUUUUACCUGCUAUUUAUUGAGUACCUUGAUACUAGAGCAGCAAGCAGGUUCUUGUCAGGAUAGUGUUGCAGGGACUGUAUAUACAACAGAGCCCGGAGAGAGGUUCACAUAGGGCUAGGGGUGCCUCUGUUGGUCAGGAUGCUUUUCCCAAAAGAGCCAUCACAAGAAUACUAAGUGAUCUAACAGUGGCUCCCUGCUCGUAGGCCUCUCUUGGAGUCCUGACUCCAGCACCAUCAGGAGUAACCACUUCCCCACCUACAUACAUUCCUACCUUUGCUCCCCGUGUCAACCACCAUACCCAAAUAUGGAUGCCCACCCUUGGCAGCUAAACAGGGGAGUCUCAUGCUCAUGAAAUCGUGGUCAAUCCCUGCCUGGUUCCACCUCAAACAAAGCCUGCAAGAAGAUGCUGCAACUACUUAGGAGGGUCCUGCAAGCUGGGGGGUGGGGGGUACAACACUCCCAGCUCAGAAGACUUUCAUUUGAGUCAAUAAAGUGUUAUGUUCUCA